UUAAACGUAAACGUUUUGUUGGGUCAUGCAGCCGCCAAAACUGUGCAGUAGACUGCGAGUGAAGAACUAUCGUUACUCGAUUGUGCCCAUUCGCCUAGACCCGGACGAACAUCGCGACCUUAACGAGCCCAGUUCCUCCAUUAUCGCCGCCCCGGAACAUAACCGGCUGCAGGAGAGGAUCUCGAGUGGAACCAGUGCUGCCAUGGAUGACAACCAGGGGCGCGAUGAUGAACUCACACCAAAAAGCACCCAACCACUAAAGAGGGUAAAUGCUGAGCCGCAAGGGCAAACUAAUUGAUGGAGGAAAAUUUCAAAUGUAAACCUUUAAUAAAUUGAACUAAAAUCAAAUAAAACCAACUUAAGGGAAUAUAAUUACACAUUAAGUGCUAGCCAGAUUUCUCUUUGAGCUAAAUCCAUUUGCGCCUAUAAAGAACACAGUAACGAGCGAAUCAACUUCCUGUAGGUAAUAAUUCCUGCGAGUAAUCCCCAAUUAGUUUCGCAGAUCCUUUGGCGGGUAAACUAAGCCCACAAACGACUG